AUGUUUGCAGUCGCUCCCUCAUCUACCGGCAGGACUUCUGCCCCAGCUCCUGUGAAUGCUCUUGUCCCCACCGAGAUUGCUUCCCUUCCUGGGUGGUCUGCCGCUCCAACAUCUAUCCGAUUCGGAGGAAUUGGCUCCGGUGUAAUGUCUACAUCCACCUUAUCGGCUGAAACUCCAACCCCCACGGCGACACCCACUCCUACUCCAACUCAGACACCACAGCCAAUACAGUCCAGCAAUUCAAGUGUUACUGCGCCCUCCUGGCCGGGACCACGCAAAGAAUGGGAAGCGCUCAGACAGGCACCGUGGUUUCAAGGUCUUUUGCCGCGAGAACUGGCCUUCGAACUGUUGGCACAGAAAGAGGUGGGUAGUUUCCUCGUCCGGAAUAGUGCAACCCAUCCGGACUGUUGUGCUUUGUCUGUGCGAGUUCCCACUCAAGACAACUCCUCCGGUAUCACACAUUAUCUCAUUCAGCAUACUCCUUGCGGCGUUCGGCUCAAGGGCUUGGAUAAGGAAUGGCCAUCGCUUCACGCUCUCAUCACUCAUUUGACUGUGAUUCCAGAAAUGCUCCCAUGUCCGCUACGGCUGUCCACAUGCACAUCCAAUCCUGUGUUUACACAAGCUGACGAACGCCCCUUUGUGAUACGCUACCGAAAAUCCGAUAUGAAUGGGUCUUGCCCAGUGGACAAUAAGGUGGAUGUUCAUGGCAAGCACUUGUCAAAUGUCGGGCAACCCAACCUCGAGAUUUCAUUGCCUUCUCGCUUCGCGGAACCCACAUCUAUGUCUAACCCCCCACAAUCAACGACUUCGCAUGACUCGUGCGAUUCCCACCCCGGUUGCCACUGCAUUCUCACCAGUGGAGACCAAACCCGUUCCAAUUCGUUCCCCGCAUACGCUGGGGCGGGAGCUACACAUCGUCAGGUCAACCAAUGGCGUUCCAAUUCUCUCGGCAGUGGUGAUAAGGUCACUCCACCGUCAAACAUCACCGAUGUUGUCGUACCCACAGGGUGUCCUGCCCAAACGUCCGUUGGGGAAGAGCAGAAUGCGGAUGUAAGAAACGCUUUUCCAUGCGGUUCAGUGAGUGUCCACCGUGCUCCUGAGGCCGCAUCGGUGCCUAAGACCGACGCACACGAUGAGGACGAGGAGUAUCAGCGCCUAUCCGAUUUUUCUUCUCUUCUAGCCGAUUUAAGACUAGAAUCUAGCAGCGAGUUAAUCAACAAGUAA